GAAAUGGGGCAGGUGGGAUAUCGAUGGCUUCGUCCAUUGCCUCACCUUUCUCCUCCCUUCUCUCUAUCUCGGCAUCUGUUCCUCCGCCGUCCAAGACCCUCGCUAUCUUCUCUGGCGCCGGCGGGUGGCGUCGGCCUCUCCGGAGAGCUGGAGGAGGGGCUUCUUUCCGGUUCGGUCCGGUGUGCUGUUCCUCCAGCGACAACUCGCGUCCCGCCGGCGAUGAUUCCUCGAGCUUUUGCAUUAUAGAAGGGCCAGAGACAAUCCAGGAUUUUGUUCAGAUGCAGCUUCAAGAAAUUCAAGACAACAUUAGAAGUAGGCGAAAUAAAAUUUUUCUUCUCAUGGAAGAGGUUAGGAGAUUGCGGGUCCAACAGCACAUAAAGAGUGUAGAAUGUGCCAAAGAGAGCAGUGAAGAGAAUGAGAUGCCUGACAUUCCAUCAACUAUUCCAUUUCUCUCUCAUAUGACACCGAAAACCUUAAAGCAGCUAUACACGACAUCAUUCUCAGUUGUAUCUGGGAUAAUAGUCUUUGGAGGCCUUCUUGCACCAAUACUGGAGCUGAAAUUAGGACUUGGUGGUACUUCCUACGAAGACUUUAUACGCAAUAUGCACUUGCCAAUGCAACUAAGUCAGGUAGAUCCCAUUGUAGCAUCCUUCUCUGGUGGUGCAGUGGGUGUGAUAUCAGCCAUGAUGCUAGCUGAAGCCAAGAAUGUCGGGCAGCAAGAGAAAAAGAGAUGCAAAUACUGCCAUGGCACUGGAUAUUUGGCUUGUGCUCGAUGUUCGGCCAGUGGUGUGUUCUUGAGCGUCGAACCAGUUUCACUUCCUGGUGGAUGUGACCGCCCUUUGCAACCCCCUACAACUCAAAGGUGUCCAAAUUGCUCGGGUGCUGGAAAGGUGAUGUGCCCAACAUGCCUUUGCACGGGAAUGGUUAUGGCAAGUGAACAUGAUCCACGUAUAGAUCCAUUUGACUGAAACAGAGGACAAGAGAUCUCACUAUAAAAGUCCAGUGCUAAUACUAUUGUUAUUACUGCAGCAUGAUGUUGCUGUAAGCCUUGUAUAACUGCUUUGUUAUAGUUGAGAGUUGAAAUUUUCCAAGUGGUGUUGUAAUAUGUUAAACAAAUGCGCUUGAAGCAGUGUUAGGUUACCUAGGAAGAGGUUGUUUGUCAUUGUGUUAUAUGAUCUUUCAAGCUGUGUAUCUGAAUGAAUUUUAGUGAUUUAAGGAAUAAAGAAACACGUAUAGUUGAAUAUAAUCUGUAACUAAUUCUUGUGUUGAA